AUGGGCUAUUAUGAGGACAUGGAGGAGGGCCACUGCGGUCAGUGCCACCUGACCUGUGACAGCUGUUCAGGGCCCCUGGCAGACAACUGUGAGACCUGCUCCACCUUUAGCCCAAAGCUAUAUAAGGGUGCAUGCUCCAAAGACUGCCCCCCUGGUACUUACUAUGACACAGAAGCUAUGGAGUGUCAAGAGUGUCACCAGACAUGCUUCAGCUGCUUCGGCUCGGAUGCCAACCAGUGCACCCAGUGCGAGAAAGGCCUCGUGCUGGAUCCAAACACACUGUUGUGUGGCGUGACGGGCGACACAGACUGCCCACCGAGGACCUAUCUCCACGACGACCAGUUCACCUGCAUGGGUUGCCACCGGCACUGUUACUCGUGUGAGGGGCCGAGCAACGAUGAAUGCCAGACCUGUGCCGUCCCCAAAUACCUUCAUAACAGCAGCUGUGUGAGUGAGUGUACAGACGGUACAUACGCCACAGAGCAGGAUGCUGAUGGGACGGAGCUGGGUCUCUCGCCCAAAGAUUGCCUGACAUGCUCUGUGGGACACCUGCGCCUCCUCCACCUCUGUGUCACUAAUUGUCCCACAGGGUAUUACAGAGAGGGCUCUCAGUGUGAGAGAUGUGACCGAUCCUGUGAGCUGUGUACGGGAGCGGGGCCUGAGUCUUGCAGGGCCUGUGCCCCUCCUCUUCUGGAGCUGCAGGGCACCAAGCUGUGUGUGGAGCACUGUCCCCAUCGUUUCUAUCAGCUCAAUGACAUGUGCAAACAGUGCCACACCAGUUGUCAGACAUGCACAGAUGCCUCGCCUCAGGGAUGUUUGACGUGCGACUGGGGCAGCACUUUAAAGGACAAAGUCUGCUAUCCGUGUUGUGAAGAGGGGCGAUACUUUUCAGAAAAGGAAACGUGUGAGCCAUGUGACAGCUCGUGCAGGCAUUGUACCGGCCUCAGACCUGACCAGUGUUUGACUUGUCACCGGGGUUUUGCUCUUCAUGCUGUGGAGAGGCGCUGCACCCGCUGCUGUCAGGCUGGAGUCAACGACACUGAUUGCUGUGUUUGUGAUGGCCGCUCAGGUCUGUGUGUGGAGGCGCCGCAACCCAAGUCAGGGGACGAUCAGGUAACAGACCUGAAUGUAUCGUCUGCAGCUCUGAAGCACACCUCAGCUGGCGUACCCAUCGCUCUCCUGCUGGCUCUUGGGUUGGCUCUGGCUGUGUUCGCCUUGGUCAAAGCCCAUGCCAGGAAGAAGCUCUGCUGGGGCCAGAGCUACGAGAGACUGAACGGCAGCGCCAACAUGCCUCACGGGGUCCCUGAGCCGGACAGCGGGGGCGAGGUGGAUGUGGUGUACACCAGCAGAGGCGGAUCGGUGUAUCGACGAUACAGCUUCAUCCAUGAGCAGGACGCAGAUGCACCCCAUCAUGUGAAUGAGAGCACUUGUCUAAAUCAAAUGUAGAUACUUUGAAAACAGAGAUGAAGAUAUCUGAGGAAUGUAUUGUGGAUAAUCACAAAAUUAUGACUGACGGGAAAAAUGUAAAUUGUGCAGUAAUGUUAAGGAGAGUAGUGGUAUUUUUCUUUGGGAUUGUUCUUUUUUGAGUGCUGUUGAGUGUUAUUCUGCUCUACAAAGUGCCUGUAUACCUGUAAUGCACAUUCUUAGAAGGGGCAUUUGUGAGUAAACAGUAAAAAAAACACAUGUGUUUGUAUGACUUUCUUUUUGUUACUUAUAGAUAUAUUCGUUCAACAGUGAAAUGAUUGUGUAUAAUAAUUUAAAUGACCAUGAUCUCUG